GCCCGUGCCGAGGGCCUCCGAAGGGCUCGCUCGGAAGCCGCCGAGCGCCGGGAGCUGUACAUGGACUACGAGAUCACCCGGCAAAUGCAGGAGAAGGCAAAACUCUUCCAGAUCAGCCAGUUCGAAGACCGAAUCGCAGAUGAGCUGUCAAAGCGAAAAGCAGUGGAGCAGCGGGAGGCCAUGGACCGACGGCGGAUCUGCGACGGCUCCGAGGAGCUGCGGCAGCUGAAGGAGCGCCUCCACAUGGCCAAGGUCAACAAGGAGCGCGCCCACCAGCUCCUCGAAAUACAGGUGCGCAAGGAGCGGGAUCGACUCGUGGAGCACAAGUUUGCAGAGAACAUGGCAAACCACGUGCUGGAGCAGGCAGAGCUAGAGCACAAGCUGGUCAUUGAGAAGGACAAGCAGCGGCAGCGAGUGAAGAGCAUCAAUCAGCAGCAGAUUGCGAUGAAAGAAGCGCAGAGAGACGAAGCGAUGCAGGAGUACCAGCGAGAGCGCGCAGAGGUGGACAACUUGGUCGCACAGAUCAUCGACGAGAACGAAAGGGAGCGGAAGGCGAAGGAAGAGAAGCAGGCAGAAUCACGCCAGCUGUUACAGAACUUCCUCGUGGAGCAGCAGCAAAGACAGAUCCAAAAGCUUGCAGAGGAGCAGGAGGAGAACGAGCGCAUUGAGGCCUAUGCACGGAUGAAGCGUCAGCAAGAGGAGAAGCUCGCGGCAGAAAAGGAAGAGCGUGAGUUGGAAAAGAAGCGACUCAUGAACAAGAUGGUUGGGCAAAUGGAGGCCAAGAGCAAAGAGAAGGAGAUGCUCGAGUAUCUCUGCAACGAGCUUCACUUCGAGGAGCUCGAAGCCAAGAGCCGGCGCCAGGAGGAGCAGCGUGCGCGGAAGAUCUUGGAGGAUAGGGAGGAGCUCAAGAUGGCCUGCGAGGUGCAACAGAGGGCCAAGGAUGAGAAGCUGGCACAGGCUCGCGCGCAGGAGGAGAAGCUCCGAGCAGAGAUGAUGCAGAAGUUUGCAGAGGACGACAGGCUCGAGCAGCUCAACGAUCACAAGAGGCGCUUGAAGCUGGAGGCGCACAAGAGGGAGACCGAGAGGUUGCUGCAGAUCCGGCGCGAGACCUAUGAGAUGGCCCGGCAACAGGAGCGUGAGGAGAUGGAGGCUUUGAAGAAGGAUGAGCAUCAGCGGGAGGCGGUGAUCCAAGCAGAGCGCAAACGGAUCAUCGAGGAACAUGCAAGAGAGCUCAGAAAUUUCCUUCCACCGGGCACUCUUCAGAGUGCCGAGGAUCUGAAGUUGGUGUACGGCAGCGACCGGGCAGUCGAAAUGGCCUUCUGA